AUGCACUUGGCCACGUAUUUCGUUAGCACGAUUCUCCAGUUUCAAAUUUACCGUUCCCUCUGCAUCGCCGCAGGACAGUACUCACCCACUGAUCCUGCUAGACCUCUCCACGAGUGCGACAUUUAUAGGAGCAAAGAAGCAGGAAGGAUCCUUACGCAAAUUAUGGAAAAAGGUUCUUCUCAAUCCUGGAGAGACGUUCUCUUCCAGGCCACAGGAGAAAGUCGACUGGAUGGAAGGGCUUUGAGAGAAUACUUCAGACCUUUGGAGGACUGGCUCAGAAAUGAAAACUUGAGAACAGGUGAAUUUGUUGGUUGGUUAUACGAUGGAGACUACUGUAAACAGAGUAUAGAAACAGCUGGACUACAAGUUUAUGGAGGAUUUUAUAACAGCUCUAAAAAACCAACAGUGACUGGCCUUUUGCUGCUUAUAUCAAUAUUUUUCUGUAACAUGUUUAGUAAAACUAUACGAUGA